GAGGAUGAAGAUGAGGUGCGCAGGCUUGAUCGAGAGUGGUAUGACGAUGAAUGUGACCAGAAUCCAUUCGGCGAUAUGCCCGAAGAGUAUGCUCAAAAGAAGGAGGAGAAUUUGAAAAAGUCCCGCGUUGUCCAACGCGUCUCAGCCCAACAACGGCAAAUCAACAAAGACAAUGAAAAGUGGGAAACUAACCGGCUGCUACUGUCUGGCGUUGUGAGUAAGGUCGGGGACGAAGACGAAGACGAAGAUGCCAAUGUUGGUCGCGUCCACUUGAUGGUUCACAACAUUGUUCCGCCCUUUCUCGAUGGGCGAAUUGUGUUCACCAAACAACCUGAACCAAUUGUGCCAGUCAAAGAUCCAACUUCUGAUUUCGCCAUUCUCGCCCGAAAAGGCUCCGCUCUGGUGAGGUAUCAUCGAGAAAUGAAGGAGCGCAAAAAAGCGCAAAAAAAGGAGUGGGAACUUGCUGGAACUCGCCUGGGUGACAUCAUGGGAAUUGAAAAACCCAAAGACGAGAUGGCUGACGGCGAUAAAGCUGACUACAAAAAUGAACACCGAUUCAAGGAUCACAUUAGCGAAAACGACCAGCUCACUGAUCGAGAAAAGAUCACGCAACAGCGGCAGUUUCUGCCCGCCUUUGCCGUGCGCAAUGAACUGCUGCAGGUGAUCCGCGACAACAACAUUGUCAUCGUCGUCGGCGAAACCGGCAGUGGAAAGACCACACAGCUGACCCAGUACUUGCACGAGGAAGGAUACACCAAAUACGGCAUGAUUGGGUGCACUCAGCCCAGGCGAGUUGCCGCCAUGUCGGUGGCAAAGCGAGUCGCCGACGAGGCCGGCGUCAAGCUGGGCGAAGAGGUGGGCUACGCCAUUCGAUUUGAAGACUGUACCUCCAAUAAGACCAUCAUCAAGUACAUGACCGACGGUAUUCUCCUGCGAGAGUCCCUCUCUGAGCCUGACCUCGACAACUACUCCGCCGUGAUCAUGGACGAGGCCCAUGAGCGCAGUCUCGACACUGACGUCCUCUUUGGCAUCCUCCGCCAGGUGGCCACCCGCCGAACUGACAUUAAGCUGAUCAUCACCUCUGCCACCAUGGACGCCUCCAAGUUUGCCAUGUUCUUCGGAAACGUUCCAGUGUUUACCAUUCCAGGGCGGACUUUUCCCGUGGAGGUGUACUUCUCAAAAAGCCCCUGUGAGGACUACGUUGACGCUGCUGUCAAGCAGACAAUCCAAAUUCAUCUCGGCGGACUGGAGGGCGAUAUUUUGGUGUUUAUGCCCGGUCAGGAAGAUAUUGAAGUCACUUGCGACGUCAUAACGGAACGUCUGAAGGAUCUGUCGGAAAAGUCACAAAACCCGAUUCAAGAUCUAUCCAUUCUGCCCAUUUACUCGCAACUUCCUUCUGAUCUGCAGGCGAAAAUCUUCCAAAAGGCCGAUAAUGGACUGCGAAAGUGUAUCGUCGCGACAAACAUCGCCGAGACUUCGCUCACCGUUGAUGGCAUCAUGUUCGUCGUGGACAGUGGCUACUGCAAGCUCAAAGUGUACAACCCCCGAAUCGGCAUGGACGCACUGCAGAUCUAUCCCAUCUCACAGGCUAAUGCCAAUCAGCGAAGUGGCCGUGCAGGUCGAACCGGGCCCGGUUGUUGCUACCGUCUCUACACCGAGCGACAGUACAAGCAGGAGCUUCUGACCAACACAGUGCCGGAAAUUCAGCGAACCAACCUGGCCAACGUGGUGCUCCUCCUAAAGUCGCACGGUGUUCAGGACUUGCUGCAGUUUCACUUUAUGGACCCACCGCCGGAGGACAACAUGAUGAACUCGAUGUACCAGCUGUGGAUCCUGGGCGCGCUGGACAACGUGGGCACACUCACCCCACUCGGUCGCAGCAUGGUCGAGUUUCCCCUCGAUCCGGCCAUGUCGAAGAUGCUCCUCGUCUCCACUGACAUGCGCUGCUCGGCCGAGGUUCUCAUCAUCGUCUCGAUGCUCUCCGUGCCCUCCAUCUUCUAUCGCCCCAAAGGCCGCGAAGAGGAGAGCGACCUAGUGCGUGAAAAGUUUCAGGUGCCCGAAUCUGACCACCUUACACUGCUGAACGUCUACCUGCAGUGGCGCAUCAACAAGUACUCGGCGCACUGGUGUCAGCAGCACUUUCUGCACGCCAAGGCGCUGCGCAAGGUGCGCGAAGUGCGCCAGCAGCUGAAGGAGAUCAUGGACUCGCAGCGACUGGGCGUCAUCUCCUGCGGCAACGAGUGGGACUGCAUUCGAAAGUGCAUCUGCUCCUCCUACUUUCACCAGGCGGCCCGUCUGAAGGGCAUCGGUGAGUACGUGAAUAUGCGCACCGGCAUGCCCUGUCACCUGCACCCCACUUCGGCCCUCUACGGAAUGGGCUUCACGCCGGACUACGUCAUCUACCACGAACUGGUGAUGACCACCAAGGAGUACAUGCAGUGCGUGACGGCGGUCGACGGCACCUGGCUGGCCGAACUGGGGCCGAUGUUCUACUCGGUGAAGGAGUCGAACAAGUCGCGAUUUGAGCGGAAGCAGGAGCAGAAGGACCACGAAAAGGAAAUGGAGAAGGAGAUGGCCAUCAAGGAGCACAUGAUGCAGAUUGCCGACGUCGAGGCAAAGUACGAGACCAACGUCAAGACUGGACUCGGCAAAGAGCAAGCUGAACAGCGCCUGACAAUGUACGGCAAAAAUCAGCUGACGCCACCAAAACAAACGCCCGAAGUUGUGAAAUUCCUCAAGCAGUUGGCUGGAGGCUUUUCUUUGCUUCUCUGGUUUGGCGCCAUAUUAUGCCUCUUCGUGUACACCAUUAGUUGCUUCGAUGAGGAGGAUCCAGAGAAGGACAAUCUUUACCUCGGCGUGACACUCAUUGUAGUGGUCAUCCUCACAGGCGCCUUUGCCUACUACCAGGAAUCUAAAUCUUCAGCUAUAAUGGACUCCUUCAAAGAUCUCAUUCCACGAAAGGCAUUUGUCCUCCGAGAUGGUGUCCUUCAGGAGACCGACCCAGUGUACCUGGUGUUGGGCGACAUUGUGGAAGUCAACAGCGGAGACCAGGUGCCCGCAGAUAUUCUCAUUCUUGAGUCUUCAAGCUGCAAAGUGGACAACUCUUCGAUUACCGGCGAAAGUGAGCCUUUACAGCGAAGCAACCAGUGCACCCAUGAGAACCCGCUGGAGACGGAGAACAUUGCCUUCUUCUCAACGUACGUCACCGAAGGCAGAGCUCGAGGCAUGGUCAUUCGAACCGGUGACUCGACCCUCAUUGGCCAGAUUGCCUUUCUCACCACUGGCCUGGGCAGCUCGGAGACCUCCAUUGCUCUGGAGAUCAAGCACUUCAUCAAACUGGUGACCCUGUUCUCCUCCACCCUGGGCACCAUCUUCUUCAUUCUUUCCCUUUGCAUUGGCUACAACUGGCUCGAGGCUGUCAUCUUCUUCAUCGGCAUCAUUGUGGCGAACGUGCCUGAAGGCCUGCUGGCCACAGUCACCGUCAGUCUGACGCUUACCGCCAAGUCCAUGGCAAAGAAAAACUGCCUGGUGAAAAAUCUUCAAGCCGUGGAAACGCUUGGCUCCACCUCAAUUAUCUGCUCUGACAAAACGGGCACUCUGACGCAAAAUCGCAUGAGCGUCGCUCAUGUUUGGUUCGGAAAUGAUACCAUCGCCAUAAAAGGACUUAAAGAGGCGCCAAAGAACCCCAAAGUGAAGGCAUUUUUUGCCAAUAAGGCUUCCGGCUUUGAAGACUUUCUCCGAGUCGUUACGCUUUGUAACAAGGCAAAGUUUAAGCCAAACCAAAAGCGCUUGCCCUUGGAAAAAAGAGAGUGCACUGGAGACGCCUCUGAGACGGCACUCUUCAAGUUUGUCGCUAGCCUCAGCGUCAGCGUGAAUCGAAUUCGCCGAAAGUACCCCGUAGUAGCGGAGAUUCCAUUCAACUCCUUCAACAAGUACUACCUGACUGUGCACGAGUUGGCAAACCCUGCUUCAAAGCACUACCAACACCACAAGUACCUCGUCUGCAUCAAGGGCGCCCCAGAGCGAAUCCUCAACCUCUGCAACUCUAUUCUGCUGAACGGCGAGUCGCGUGACUUUGACGCGGUAGCCCGCCGCACGAUGGGCGCCAUCUUUGAGCAUCUGGCCGGCAAGGGAGAACGGGUGCUGGGUUUUGCUGAGAUGUACAUCAACAAUCUCGACAGCAUCUUCGAGGACGCCGGUCACACCAAGGUCAACUUGAAGACGGCCAACAAGUUCACCCUGCUGGGCCUGAUGUCGCUCAUUGACCCGGCUCGACCGGAGGUGCCUGACGCCGUGGCCAAGUGUCGCCAGGCAGGCAUUCGAGUGUUCAUGGUGACGGGCGACCACCCACUGACGGCACGUGCUAUCGCCGAGGGCGUCGGCAUCAUCACCAAGGCCAAGGAGGACAUCGUUCAGCUCGACGACGCUCUACUGAAGCGCAUCUUCCGUCUGGGCGAGGGCGUGGAAGGGGAGGGUGAGGGCAAGGCCAUGGUGGUGCCCGGUGACAUGCUGAGCAAGCUGAGCAGCGACCACCUAGACUACGUCGUCAGGAACUACAUGGAAAUUGUCUUUGCUCGCACCUCGCCGCAGCAGAAGCUGAUGAUUGUUCAGUCGUGUCAGCGUUUGGGUCACAUGGUCGCUGUCACUGGAGACGGCGUCAAUGACUCGCCGGCGUUGAAAAGCGCCAACAUCGGCAUUGCUAUGGGCAUCACUGGCUCUGACGUCUCAAAACAAGCCGCCGACUUGAUUCUUCUCGACGACAACUUUGCUUCGAUCAUCGUGGGCAUUGAGGAGGGCCGUGUCAUCUUUGACAACCUGAAGAAGUCUAUUGCGUACACCUUGGCGUCCAACUACGCAGAGAUCAUGCCUUUUCUCGUCUACGUGGCGCUGGGCUUUCCACUCGCCCUGGGCACCACCACCAUUCUCUGCAUUGACCUGGGCACUGACAUCUUUCCGGCGAUCAGUCUCGCCUAUGAGAAGGCCGAGUCAGACAUUAUGAAGCAGAAGCCGCGAAGUCGUGAGGACCACCUGGUCACUCGACGAAUGUUCAACCGUGCCUACUUUCAGAUUGGCAUGAUCCAGGCGUCGGCUGGGUUCAUGAACUACUUCAUGGUCUUAGCGGCCAGUGGCUUCUUCAUUACUGAUUUGUUCAACUUGCGCUCCGUCUGGGACAAUAAGCAGUACCUCAUUGUCAAUCGGUACGAUGAAGCUUUUGUAAGUUUGUUUGACUAUGGCAAGAGAAAGAAAAUUGAAGGCACCGCGCAGACGGCUUACUUUGUGAGCAUCGUUGUCUGUCAGUGGGCGGACUUGAUCAUCUGCAAGACACGUCGCAACAACAUCUGCAAGCAGGGAAUGACCAAUAAUGUUCUCAACAUUAGUCUCGUCGUUGAGACCAUUCUGGCACUGUUCCUCAGCUACUGCCCGGGAAUGUACAUUCUCAAGCUAUUCCCGCUUUAUUGGUUCAACUGGUUUGUCGCUCUGCCAUUCGCAGUGUACAUUAUCCUCUACGAUGAGGUUCGCCGUCUGAUGUUGCGCCACCGACCGGGUGGCUUUUUUGAAGAUGUCACCUACUUCUAG